AUGGCUGCUCCCAAGUGGUUAUUGCUCCUUUUCUCAUUGGUCCUGUUGGGCCUGAGCUCUGCUCACUUUUCAGAUGAACAAGAUGAACAAAAUUCAGAAGGUCCAGUAGCUGUACAAGCACCAAACGACUCCAACCAGAAUGAUCAGAACCCUGGCCAGCAACAAGGUGGUAACCAAAAAGGUGGGCCUCCAGGUGGACAGCAGGGAGGUCAACAAGGUAGUCAGCAAGGAGGUCAAGCAGGUGGUCAACAAGCAGGUCGUCCAAGUGGCCAGCAGGGAGGCAGUCAAGGUGGCCAGCAGGGAGGACGCCCAGGUGGACAGCAAGGCGGUCAACAAGGUGGCCAGCAGGGAAGCCGUCAAGGUGGACAACAAGGAGGUCAACGAGGUGGUCAGCAAGGAGGUCAACAAGGUGGUCAGCAAGGAGGUCAAGCAGGUGGUCAACAAGGAGGUCGUCCAGGUGGCCAGCAGGGAGGCAGUCAAGGUGGCCAGCAGGGAGGACUCCCAGGUGGACAGCAGGGCGGUCAACAAGGUGGUCAGCAAGGAGGUCAACAAGUUGGCCAGCAGGGAGGUAGUCCAGGUGGCCAGCAGCGAGGUGCACAGUAA